GUGAACGCGCACGGCACGGAGCACAGACGCGUCUUCAGAGCUUUGCUUUAAGUGGUGCGCGCCCCUCGCAGACAGUUGACUUGUGGACUUCUCCAAGCUCAGAGUACGGGAUCAAUCUGCGACUUUGACACUUUUUUUGCAACGUAAAGCGCUUCAAAAGGUUAAUUAUGGGUAACAGGCUCAGCAGAAGGCGAGACGCCCCGGCCAGCAGUGCUGAAGCUGCUGCCACUGAACAGAAGACUGCAGAGGAGCCAGCAGCCGUACCAGCAGCUGAACCAGCACCCGUACCUGCAGCCGAACCAGCAGCUGAGGACUCUGGGAUAACGCAGGAGGCUGUACAGGAUGAAGAAGUGAUUGUGGGUGAGCCAGUGACACCCGUGGCAUGUUUACCUUCUGAAGAUUGUGUGGCAGUGUGUAAGGGGGCGGAGGCUCCUCCUGCCCCUGAACCAGAGCCUGUGGCAAAGGAAGCCCCAGCUCCAGUCCAGCCUGAACCUCCUGUCCAAGUCAGUGAACCAGAACCUGUUGCAGCACCUGAACCUGUUUCAGCACCUGAACCUGUUCCCGAACCAGUUGCCGAAGCUCAGCUUGCUCCAGAACCUGCUCCAGAGCCUGUUACUGAACCAGAACCCAUUCCUGAGCCCGAGCCUACCUCACAACCAGAGCCAGAAGUUGAGCCAGUCCCUGAGUCACUCCCACCUCCAGUUGAGGCUCCAGAGCCACAGAUAGACCUGCUUACCCAGGAGUCCCUCCCUGAGCCAGAGCUUCCUUCACCACCUCUGAUCGAUCUGGGCGUCCCCGAUGAAGCCCCUGAACCUGUUGACACACCCCUCAUCCCUGAACCUGUCAGUGCAGUCGAGUCCGCAGACGUGAUCCCAGUUGUUGAAGGAGGCCUAGACGGAACUGAGGAUCCUGUCGUUUCAGCAUUGGAGCCGGAAAAGUCAGAGGAAACAUCAGAGUUCCUGGAGAAGCAUAUUGAGGUGGAGGUGACAGAAGAUCUGGAGAAGCUGAUGGGUGAUGUCAACAUGGAAAAUGUAAAUGGACUACUAAAGAACUUGGAGCUGAAAGGAAAUGACCUGCUUACUGAUCUCAUUCCCAAUGAUGUCACAAUUGCAGACGACACUCUCAUCACAAACAUGAGCACUCCUGCAGAGCUGAUGUGAAUUCACACAAGGAAAGGAUGUAUAAAGAAGUAAAAAGGAUGUUUCUUUUUUUCUGUGAAAACCUCUUAACCCUGUCCAUGAAGUCUGAAAGAAUCAUAAAUACAGUAUCUGAUUUUCUUAUACUUAAAGGGGCCUAUUGAAGGCAAAAGCGGCUAUUUCUGUCAAAAUGAACCUAAUGUGCCAAAUGAGCUCUGGAUCAAACUUAGGUCUUGUCAUAAAAUUACUUACUGACACAUGUAGGUUUUUGAUACAGUUACAAAGCCACCAGGUGUGUGGGUAAAGGGGUAAAGGGACUCAAAAAUCACAGUGGAAAUAUGUGAUCAUGAGUGUAUUGUUGGACAUCAGAGAUAUUUCUCUAUGCAACUUCACUAAACAAGAUUUUAAAUGUAUCUUUUUUCAUUGCCAUAUAAAAACCAGGUAUAAGGAUAGUGAUUAAAAAUAAAUUUUAAAAUCUUUUUAAGGUGUUUAUGGGAAUGCACAGCACUCGUAAGUUAAUGCAGAAUGACAGGCAAGGGACAGUAGCAAUGCAAAUAUGGAGACAGUUUGUGCAGACCGCUAUUUAGCAAGAAACACGGGUCCAAUAAACAUUUAUUCCUUAACAUACUCAUACUGGGACCUUGCAAUAUUUCUCUAACAGGUGUGAUCACCAUCUAAUUGUUAUUUUAAUAUGAUGAGAUGGUAAUUUUUUUAACUCAAGUAAUGGCUUGCUUGUGAAAAUAAAAUAUUAUUCAACAUG